GGAGAGCGAGCGUCUCGAGCUUCUGCAACUUAUUUAUGUGCUAAAAUGAAUAAUAAUAUAUCGGGAAGAAGAAUAAAAUAAAAAAAAAAAAAACAAAGAAAAAGGUAGUCGGUACGAAAGGGAAAAAAUAGUGAUAAAAAUUCCGAUUCUGAGUGAACCUCGAGAAGUAAAGUACACAAAAAGGCUCAUGCCGGACAAGUGGAUCCGAUCACGAGAACGCCGAGUUCGAGUCAAGAGAACGAGUCCCAUUUACGUGGAACACCAAAGUGUCAAACGAUGUUCCACGAGUGGAUUUUUUUACUCGUUAUCAGUAUUUUCGGAAUUUAUCUUCUGUACAAUUUGCGAGACCGUCUGAAAAUUCUGCGCUUCAUUCUUUCCCUCGAUGGCCCGCCAGCCAUUCCAAUUUUGGGCAACGCAGCAUUCGUCUACGAUGAAGAUGUUCUUCGGAAAAUGUCUCACGACGCUUACGAGUUAUACGGGCCGGUAUUCCGAAUUUGGUUGACCCUUUUACCGUGCGUUGUGCUUCUCGAGCCAAAAGAUAUACAGCAAGUCCUCGGGAACAGCAAAAAUACCGGUAAAAUAAUGUUCUACAAAAUGCUCGACAACUUCCUCGGCAAAGGGCUGAUCACGAGCAACGUCGAGACGUGGACGAAGCACCGUAAGAUUCUACAGCCAGCUUUUCAUCGGCAGAAUCUUGAAAAAUUCGUCGAAAGUUUCACCCGCUGUUCGGAGCGUUUGGCGAACAAAAUUUCACCUCUUGGUCAACGCGAUAUCAAUGUUACGUCUUUUGUCAACGAUUCUGUCUACGAAAUACUCAAUGAGACCGUUUUGGGUGUGAGGAUUGGCAAGGAGAAUGGAAUAACGAACACAGAAGAAUUGCCGUUCAGGAAGGGCAAAGUUUUGGUUCCAUAUCGUUUGAUGAAGCCAUGGCUAUUGAUAGAUUGGAUUUACAGAUUUACGAGGAGCGGGAAAAACGAGGAAAAGCAUCGAAACGAUUUGGCGAACGCCUGUAGAAAAAUAGUGAUGGAAAAGCGUGAGAAAAUGGGGCGGGGCGGAGGAAAAUUUGGUGAAGAUACUCUGAUGGAUUUCAUGAUGGAAAAGAGCGAAGCGAGCGGCUGCUUAACGGACGAAGAAAUAGUCAACGAGUGCUGCACUUUCAUGCUCGCCGGACAAGAUUCCGUUGGCACUGCCACCGCCAUAACGCUCUUUCUACUCGCCAAUAAUUCAGUGUGGCUCGACAAAUGUGUCAACGAGAUUGACCACAUUUUUGGCAAACUUCCCGACGAAUCUUCCUCCCCCAAAAUCGAAGAUUUUCGAGAGAUGAAAUAUUUGGAUUGGUGCAUCAAAGAGACUCUCAGAUUGUAUCCAAGCGUUCCUCUCUUCGCGAGAACCCUCGGCGAGGACCUCACGAUCGGAAAACACGUUUUGCCGGCCGGUUGCGGAGUAAUAAUCAUGCCAUACAGCACUCAUAGAUUGGCGCAUCAUUUUUCGGAUCCUCACGCCUUCAAGCCGGAACGCUUCAACCCCGAAAACUCGGCAAAUCGUCAUCCGUAUGCUUACGUCCCGUUCAGCGCGGGCCCACGCAAUUGUAUAGGCAACAAAUUCGCAAUCUUGGAGAUAAAAUCAAUGAUAAGCAUGCUUUUGAGGAAAUUCGUGCUCGCACCCGUCCCUGGGAAAGACCAAAUUCAGCCCAAAUUUCGACUGACUGUAAGAGCCAAAGGUGGACUUUGGAUUCGAAUAACUCCACGGAAUGAUCGAACUGCUGGUGCGCGAACGAACGAUUGAUUUUUCAACGGCUAUUUUUGUCGCGAUUUAAAACUGUAAAUAUAUGAUUUUGUAUAAACAUUAGCUAGUCGCUAGUCUCAUUUGAAAUAAAAUAUCAUUUCUCCGGA